AGUCACGUACGUCGGGGAGUGGAAUACCCAGCACACGUCGAGGAGUGGGAGUGAAAUACCCAGCUAGUUACUUUGGGGGGUGAAGACAUGCCGGAGGGAUUGGGAUGGGAUUUGGGAUUUUUGGGACUUGGGAUCUUGGGGGUUGUUGGGUGGGGGGCGAAGGGACUGGCGUUUUGGGACUCUUGAUGUUGUUGUCGUCUCGUAUUUCUAUCUCCGUUCUGUUUUCUCUGUUUAGGUUGUUAUGUUUUGCGUGGGCAAAUACCAUAUUUGCCUACUUGCUCUGGAGAAGAGGACGGAUGGAUGAAUAUCUAUCGACGUAUGGUAUGGAUUGUUUAACUUCUCUUCUACCCGCCCGAGGGCUGUUGAUUACUGGUUUAUCUUCCUAGUCGGUCUAUUUUGUGGAUAGGAAUUGGGGGGUGAUGGGAGUUGCUUGAACGUGUGUUGUGGAUGGUGUGGUUUGGGGAUUGUCCCGGCUGUCGUUGUUAUUGAUUGUCGAUCU